AUGGACUCAGACAUGUCACAAGCCUUUCAAGAAGAACUUGCCUGUAUCCUCUGCCUGAAUUACCUUACAGACCCAGUCACCACGGGCCCUGGCCACAGUUUCUGUUGGUCGUGGCUCUGUGCAUUCUGGGAGAAAGCUGAAAGCCCUGCACACUGCCCUGUGUGCAGAGAACCAUCAGAGCAGACAAACUGUGAAACCAAUAUUCUUCUGAAAAACCUAGUGUCUAAUGGCAGGAAAGCCAGUCUGCGGCCGUUCCUGAGCUCUGCGCACUAUAGAUGUGGGCUACACAAGGAGACAAAGCAAAUCUUCUGUGAGGAUGACAGGAGUCUGCUCUGUGUGCACUGCUCUAGUGCUCUGGAGCAUGAGGCUCUCAGAUGCCGCCCCAUAGAAAAGGCUGCUGAGGAACACCGGGCAAAGCUCGCAACCCAUAUGAGAUCUUUAUGGGAAAAGAUUCCAGAAAUUCAAAGAAAUCUCAGUAAAGAUGGCAGAAUAUCUGUCAAUUGGAUGGCGUAUCUCCACGGAUGCCAAGAUGAAACCAGGGCUUUUCUGAGACACUGCAACUGGUUCUCCAUGAGGGAGAAAAACUAUUUAGAGAGUCUCAGUAAGGAAGGGUCAAAAAUGUUUGAGCAACUUGAGAAACUUGAGGCCGAAAUGGCUGAAAAGAAGAUCAACCUAGGCCCUGGCUGGAGUGAGCAGGUACAGGUGCAGCUUCACAUGCCUCAGCCUCUGAGGACCAGCCUCCCUGCAUGGCCCAUUACUGGACUGAUGGGCAGGCUCAACUGCUUCCAAGUGGAAAUUUCCUUCACUAGUGAAAUAACCAACUGCAAUAUCAGGCUGUUUGAUGAUGUGAGAAGUCUGAGGUUUAUGCAUGACCAUCUAUAUGUGUCUCUGGCUCCUAGAACAUUGAACUAUUUUGCUGCAUGGGGAGCACAGGUCUUCACCUCUGGCAAACAUUACUGGGAGCUGCAUGUGGACAAGUCUUGGGACUGGGCUGUAGGGGUCUGUAUGGAGACCUGGCUGAGGAAGAAUGGCACACUGAUUGACUCUCAGGAUGCAUUUCUCCUUUCACGUGUGAAGGAGGAAAAUCAUCACACUCUCUGGACCACUGCCCCAGUGACUCGUCAGUAUCUGGGCAGGGUUGGUGUGUUCCUUGAUGUGGACAGUGGAAGUGUAAGUUUUAUGGAUCUUGUGAAGUGUUCUUUCAUAAGGCAUUCCCUCAUUACACCUUCCCCACUUCGGAGGUGUCUAGAGGACAUGCUCAAUUUCCUCUUUAGGUCUUUCAUUCACACACUGGCCACACAUGAGCAGGGCUAA